UUCUUUUCUCGCUCCCUCGCAUCUACGAACCAGCCCCGACGACUGCACGGACGGAAACGCUGAUCUACGGAGGGAUCCUGUUAUCGCACCCUGAGGGUCCGGGGAAAGGCGGGGUCAACCACGGUCAGCUUGGGUAUCCACGGAAAACCGGCGGCACAACACAUUCGAGCUUGUGAGGAAGAAGGAUAGGAGAGAACUUCAAGAGGAGGAAGCUGUCCGAGUCUGCGGCACAUCCCCGACGUGUAGCGGGCUUUGUUCCCUUUCGUUUUCGUCGCCUCCACCCGAUCGAUACCCACCCACACAAAUCCCGAGAUGCUGUCUUCAACACUACUCACCCUCGCCAGCGCGGCGCUCGUAUCAUCACACACAGUCAUCUCAUAUCCCGGCUGGAGAGGCGACAACCUCAUCACGAAUGACACCUUCCCGUACGGCAUGCAAUGGAUGUAUCCUUGCGGCGGCAUCGGCACGACCACAAACAGGACAUUCUGGCCGACAACAGGCGGCGCGCUCUCCUUCCAGCCGGGUUGGUUCCAGGGCCACCUGAAAGCCAACAUCUACGUGAAUCUAGGCUUCGGCACCGACGGGCCCGACAACGGCCCCAAGAACAUGUCCAACCCCAUGGUGCCGCCGUUCCAGAUCCUCGGCCCCGGCAAGGGCCCCUACCCGGGCACCGUCUGCCUGCCCCAGAUCCCGCUGCCCGCCGGCGCCAGCGUCAGGGCCGGCGACAACGCCACCAUCCAGCUGGUCGAGCUGGCCGCCCACGGCGCCGCCCUCUACUCGUGCGUCGACAUCACCUUCGUCGAGCCCAACGACCCGCGCCUCGCCGAGGUCAACGAGACCAACUGCUUCAACAGCACAGACAUCGGCUUCGCCGACAUCUACUCCAUCACCACCCGCGCGUCCGGCGAGACAAACGCCACCACCAGCGCCGCCGCCCAUGUUUUGUCGUACCCGCGCGCCAUGGCUAGCCUCGGCUGGCUCCCCAUCGUCGUGGGCGGGCUGUGGGUGCUGCUGUGAUGGGGGGGUUUCUGUAUGAGCCCCGGGAUGAGGGUGGCGAAUGAAGUAGAUAUGGGCGG